CUCACCAAGUAGCAUACCUUUGUCUAAGCAUAUAAAAGAGGUGAGAUACAUUUCUAGAGAGUUCAGAAAAUCACAAAGGAGAAUCUAAGCGUUGUAAGAACCAAACCAGUUCAGAGCCAAAAAACAGGUAUACUUCCCUUCAUCUAGCACAUGCCACAGCACGGACCAUGUGGACUUUGUUACUUGUGGUACUAGCUACUGGAUCACCAGCACUUCAGGCAGCCCCGGUUCAGGGACACAGUGGCAGAUGCAGCUUUGCUGGUGUUCUCCAUGUUGAGGGGAGCAGCAGUUACUCUCUGACUUUCCAACAGGCUUUGGAAUUGUGUCAGAGUUUAGAUUACAAACUGGCAACACAGGAACAGAUCAUUGAAGCUUACCAAAAAGGCUUGAGAACAUGCAGAUACGGCUGGAUUGAUAGUCAAAAUGUCACGUUCCUCCCACACGUUAAUGCUCCAAACUGUGACUCCAGUUCCAUGGAGGUCACCUUCCACCAUAAAGCAGCAGAAUAUCUUUCUGAUGUUUACUGUUUUAACCCAUCAGAUUCAUCAAACUGUGAAUAUACUGUUAAAACAAGUAACUCUGAAGGUGCAACCAAAGGAAUCACAGCCACAGAAAAUGAAAAGCCACAUGAAGACAUUCUUAAAGAGGUCAAGACGGAGGGUUUUCUGGUAUAUUUGGAGGAGAUAAUGGGAAGAGUAAAAAGAGAAACUUCCCCUCUGGAUGGCAUGGAGGUCCCCAAAACAGUUUUUCCUGAUGUGGACAUGAAACCUUCUACUGUUCCUACCUUGGACACUAAAGGCCCUGCAAACAAGCCCAGUUUUGAGAAGAGCUCAUCCUCUGUUGUCCCCAGUGUCUUGUUCCCUGAUACAGAGGGGAGUGGAUCAGCAUCAAAGCCUGAGCCUAGUCAAUUCACAGUAAGGCCGAUCACCACAGAGGCUGAUGAGAAAAAAUCAACACAAGAUACACUUGAGGUUCCAAAAGUGGCUACAAAAUUGAACACCAGUUCUAAAGGUCAAGGUCGAAACCUUCAUCAUUCACCUAGACAAGGGGAGGGACCAUCCACUUGGCUGAUAAUCUUUGCAUUCUGUGUGGUUAUUGGAGCCAUUGUAUGCAUACUUGCUGCUAUUGCCACUAGAGACAAGUGGUAUGGACCGAGACGGAGCACAAACAUCACGACUGAGGACCACAACAAAGACUACAGUAAAACAGAAACACUGCCAUUGUCAGAGAAAGAGCAGGAGAUAGUGGCACUGAUGAGUGUUACGACCCUGAAUGGUAAAACAGAGGACAUUACAGCUACCUGUCUGGAUGAGCAUGAGAAAGAGUAUUUAAUGUAACACAGAUUAAGCCCAUGGAGAGAAAUGGCUAACAUUGCCAGAGCCUGAGCCUUAAAUAAAGCUCUCGAAAUAGAUCAAAAUAAUAAUAUUAAUAGACAGUAUGCCAAAUGCCAAAAAGUAUCUUUAAAUAGUAAAAAAAAGUUGAGACUGUGUAGGUUUGAAAAUUCUGCUGUCGCUUUUAUUUGCACUGAUUUUUUUUUUUUUUCAAAAAAUAGUGCAACAUUUUGUUGCUUCAGAAUUGUUUUUUUUUACAUUUCAUUUUUUUUUUUUCCUUUUUAAAGUAUUAGUUCAAUAAUAGAAAAUGUGUAUUAUCUCUUAUUGAUUGACGAUUAAGAAUGAUAUGGUGAGAAAACAUUUUAUACUGGUUUUCAUCUGUUGGUAAGUACUAUGUACUGUGUGAGAAAUGAUGCAUUUUUUGAAUGUUAAACAUUGGCCUGUCUUUUAUAAAUAGAGAUACCAUAUCCAGUUUGUAUUCCAAUGAGGCAAUUGUAUAUCUUGCAUUUUUUUUUAAAUUACCCAUAAAGACAUAUUUUGCCAGCUCCCUGAGCACAUGUUUUUCAAUAAAUCUACAGAUUUUAAUCAAAUAAAUUUGACACCCAUUGCCUAAAGACUUGAAAAUUGAAGAAAAACCAGAAACACUUUGAGACAAGAAGCAUUGCCUUUAUUUACAAUUUGUUAUAGGUAUUUAAUAGAAAAAUAGAGGAAAAAGACAAAUUUAAAAAGUGGACAGUUUGGUAGACAAAGGUAUACAAUGUCUUUGUAACCAAACAGAGUUGCACAAAUAAAAAUAGUCACAUUUAUACCAAACAUCACAGUACUAGAUGUGUCAGGCCCUGCCCAAACAGAUAUUCCAACAGUGCUCACAUUUAUAUUACAGAUCCCGUAUCUAUUUUUCUGCACUCUACAGGACUGUCAAAUCUGUAGCAAGCCUGGUUAAUAAUUAUUAGUAAUUUGACUUUUUCCCCUAGUGCCAUUAUCCCUAACAAAAUGUUUAACAAUACACAAAUUUUGAGACAAAA